AUGCUCGACCUCGAUGGCGCCAUCUCGAUCCUCCUGCGCAAGAAGCUCCUCGGCGAGGCCCUCCUCAAGGAGAUCUGCGAAAAGACAAAGGAGCUUCUCAUGCGCGAGAGCAACGUCGUCCACAUCCAGGCACCCGUCACCGUCGUCGGCGACAUCCACGGCCAGUUCUACGACCUGAUCGAGAUCUUCCGGAUAGGCGGCUACUCGCCCCACACCAACUACCUGUUCCUCGGCGACUACGUCGACCGCGGCCUGUUCAGCGUCGAGACCAUCUCGCUCCUGACGUGCCUCAAGCUGCGGUACCCGGACCGCGUCCAGUUGAUCCGCGGCAACCACGAGAGCCGCGCAGUCACCCAGACGUACGGCUUCUACAGCGAGUGCGUCCGCAAAUACGGCAGCCCCGCCGUGUGGCAGUACUUUACCGACAUGUUUGAUUUCCUCACCCUCUCGGUCGUCAUCGACGACCGCAUCUUUUGCGUUCACGGCGGCCUGUCGCCCUCGGUCCACACGCUCGACCAGAUCAAGAUCAUCGACCGGUUCCGAGAAAUCCCGCACGAGGGCCCGAUGGCAGACCUCGUGUGGUCCGAUCCCGACCCGGACAAGGAGGAGUUCUCGAUCUCGCCUCGCGGCGCCGGCUACACGUUCGGCUCGCAGGUGGUCAAAAAGUUCCUCGACUCGAACAACAUGGUGCACAUCCUGCGCGCGCACCAGCUGUGCAUGGAAGGGUUCUCGGUCCUGUACGACGACCAGCUGUCGACCGUGUGGUCGGCGCCCAACUACUGCUACCGGUGCGGCAACAUGGCGAGCAUCCUCGAGGUGGGGCCCAACGGCGAGAAGCACUUUAACGUGUUUGACGCCGCGCCCGAGAACGAGCGCGAUGGCCCGCAGCAGCAGCAGCAGCAGACGGCGCCUGGGGCGCAGGCCGGGCCCUCGCAGGUGCGUGAUACCCCCUCUCGCUCUCCCCUUUUCUCGAGCUCCUUCCUCUCGCCGACCCUGACCUCUCCUUGUGGCCCCUCCCCUCGCGCAGAUCGAGUACUUCCUCUAGACCCCGUCGUUCCGUCCUGUUGUACCUCCCCCUCCCGGCCCGCACGCAGGCCUCGAUACCCCCUCCUCGUCCGCUCGUCGUCCUCCUGA